UUCGUCUCCUCUCCCGGCCCGGGCCACUAAGGAGUUCGCUGACGCCGGGUGAGCUGAGCCUGCCGCCAAGAUGCCGGCCUAUUUCCAGAGACCGGAAAAUGCCCUCAAGUGCGCCAACGAAUUUCUUGAGGUUGGAAAAAAGCAGCCUGCUUUGGAUGUGCUUUAUGAUGUUAUGAAAAGUAAGAAACACAGAACAUGGCAAAAGAUACACGAGCCGAUUAUGUUGAAAUACUUGGAACUUUGCGUGGAUCUUCGCAAGAGCCAUUUGGCUAAAGAGGGAUUAUACCAGUAUAAGAACAUUUGUCAACAGGUGAACAUCAAAUCUCUAGAGGAUGUUGUUAGGGCAUAUUUGAAAUUGGCAGAGGAAAAAACUGAAGCUGCUAAAGAAGAAUCUCAGCAGAUGGUCCUAGACAUAGAAGAUCUGGAUAAUAUUCAAACUCCUGAGAGUGUUCUCCUAAGUGCUGUAAGUGGUGAAGACACUCAGGAUCGUACUGACAGAUUACUUUUAACUCCAUGGGUUAAAUUCCUUUGGGAAUCAUAUAGACAGUGUUUGGACCUUCUUCGAAACAAUUCCAGAGUAGAGCGUCUCUACCAUGAUAUUGCCCAACAAGCUUUCAAAUUCUGCCUCCAGUACACUCGUAAGGCUGAAUUCCGUAAGCUGUGUGACAAUUUGAGAAUGCACUUGUCACAAAUUCAACGUCACCAUAACCAGAGCACAGCAAUCAAUCUUAAUAAUCCAGAGAGCCAGUCCAUGCAUUUGGAAACCAGACUUGUUCAGUUGGACAGUGCUAUCAGCAUGGAAUUAUG